AUGACGAGGCCCAAACUGAAAUGCCACAACCUUCCCAAGAUUUCCGUGAGGGAGAACGCUGAAUUGGAAGCUGAAUUCACAGAAGCUGAAAUUUGGGAGGUGGUGAAGACUUGUGAUGGGAAUAAAGCUCCAGGGCCUGAUGGGUUUAAUAUGGGAUUCUUUAAGCAUUUCUGGACCUUAAUCAAAGAAGACAUAAGCAAAGCUUUCGUUGAAUUCCAUGGCUCGGGGAAACUAGUGAAAGGUCUAAACGCUGCAUUCAUUGCCUUAAUCCCUAAGUCCCAAUCUCCUCAAGAAGUUUCAGAUUUCCGGCCCAUAAGUCUGAUCGGAAGUGUGUAUAAAUUGAUCUCCAAGGUUUUGGCGGGUAGAUUACAAAAGGUCAUGCCUAAGGUGAUUACUGAAAAUCAAUUUGCUUUCACACGAGGUAGACAAAUCUCGGAGUGCAUCCUUCUUGCAUCGGAGGUGGCUAAUUUUUUGCAAAAAAGAGAGGGUGGUGGAUUCCUCCUCAAAUUGGAUUUCGCCAAGGCUUAUGACAGCGUGGAAUGGAAGUUCCUGUUAGAUACCAUGGAAGAAAUGAACUUCGGGCAAAAGUGGCUGAGUUGGAUAAAAGGGUGUGUCACAACUGCCUCGAUUGCUAUCCUAGUAAAUGGCUCCCCUUCGGAUUUUUUCGCUAUUGAAAAGGGUCUCCGACAGGGUGACCCAUUAUCACCACUCCUCUUUAAUAUUUGUGUAUGUGGACUAUCGAGCAUGCUUAAUCAGCUACUGGGAGAGAGGCUAUUUAGUGGGGUUCAUAUUGGAGAUGGUGUGGCAUUGAACCACCUCCAAUUUGCGGACGACACGCUUCUGUUUUGCGAGAAUGAUAACGAGCAGCUUGAGAGGCUAUGUUACACACUAUUUGCCUUCUUGUACGCUUCGGGAUUAAAACUGAACCUGGGAAAAUCUGUGCUCAUAGGGUGCAAUAUGGAGGCUGAAACAGUUGAGAGUGCAGCACAAGUGUAUGGUUGGGCAGUGGCUAAAGCGUUGGGGGGCUUGGACCUUGGAUACAUUGGGUGGAAAAACAAGGCUCUCUUGAUCAAAUGGGCAUGGAAAUACGGUGUGGAGACAGAAUGCUUAUGGAGAAAGGUAAUUGCUGCCAAAUACCUUUUAAAUAGUAGGAAUCUAUUGCUUCAUCUUGUUAUGUCUGAAGCUGGAAACUGGUCCAUGAUGAUGCGUGAUAUUGUUGGUGUGCUAAAAGAAGACUCAAUGAUUACAAAAGGGUGGAAGGAAAACGUAAUAUGCAGAGUUGGCAAUGGCUUGAACACACGUUUUUGGUUAGACCCAUGGGCUGAUCUUGUACCUCUUUAUCAAAGAUUUCCACGAAUAUAUGCAAUGAAUAAUCAGAAAACUGGAACAGUGGCAGAUAUGGGGUUGUUUGUGAGAGGAAAAUGGAGAUGGGAUCUUGAUUUUAGACGCCAAUUCUUUGACUGGGAACUCGAAGUCUAUGCUGAGUUUGAGGCAACUAUUAACAUGGUUUUUCCAACUGAAAAUGAAAAGGACUCGUUGAUAUGGUGCUUAAAUCCAAAUGGCUAUUUUACUGUGAAAGACCUAUGUAAAUGGGCAGAAGAGAAGCUGAAUAUCGAGGCAGAAUUCAUAGGGUCAGAACAAGCUACUAAAGUGGUGCCCCCCAAGGUAAACUUGUUGUUUUGGCAAGCAUGUCAUGAUAAGAUUGCUUCAAAACAAAAUCUCAUAAAAAGGGGAAUAUUGGGACCUUUGGAGGGCCAAUGUGAAUUGUGCAGGGCUCAUCUUGAAACAGGGGACCAUCUUUUUGUAUUAUGCCCAAAGAUCUACUUACUAUGGUACAAUACGUUGGCAAGGGAGAAAAUUUGUUGGGUCAUGCCUAAUUCCCUAAAGAUGUUGGCACAUGAGAUCAUAAAAUCUGGGAACUCAUUCCUUUCUCUAUUGUCUGGUCAGUUUGGACAACUAGAAAUGCACUGA